CAAUUCAUGUCCGCCUCCAUUUUACAGCCUCUCUUGCACCCGAGGAAUCGGGGAUUGUAAAGGCCAACUUCUCUCACCUUGUUCUGGUCAGUUUUUUCCAUCUGCAUCACUGAACGGCACAGACACAGAGAUGAGUGAUCAAGAAGUGACUUAUUCCACCCUGAGAUUUCUUCAAUCACCUUCAGAGUCACAAAACAGAUUAAGACCUGAUGGUACUCAAAGACCUGACGAGACUGAGGAAAAAGAGUCUUCAGUGCCCUGGCAUGGCAUUGCAGUGACUCUUGGGAUCCUCUGUUUACUUCUCUUGAUGACAGUCACCGUGCUGGGUAUAAAGAUUUUCCAGUAUAUUCAAGAAAAACAUCAACAGGAGGAAACUCUACGGAACCUCAGUAAGAAGUAUGAUGUUAUGCAAAACGACAACUACUUAAAGAAGCAGCUUUUGACAAAGAAGACUUCAGAAUGUGAUAGACUAAAUGAAACUCUUCAGCAAAUAAAAGGAUUGGACUUGGUCUUUACAGAAAAGAAGGGGUGCUAUCACGAAAAGUCUUCAGAAUCUUUGCCAAAUACAGGCAAACUCAAGGAAGUCUCCUGGUGGUGCUGGGGAGUAAACUGUUACUACUUUACUGCUGAAACUAAUAACUGGAUGGGAUGUUACCAGACUUGCCAAAGUCACAAUUCAUGUCUUUUGAAGAUAGAUGAUGCAAAAGAACUGAACCUCCUUCAACCCCAGACUUGUCAAAAUUCCUACUGGAUUGGAUUAUCAUUUAGCAAAAUGGAAAAUAGGUGGAAAUGGAUUGACAAUGGCAUACCUUCUAGACUUAAUUUGACAAUAAUGGAUCAUCAUUUUGGGAAAUAUGAAUGUGCAUUUUUAACCUCAACAAGAAUAGAAACUAUUGAUUGCGAUAAAACCUAUAAUUGUAUCUGCAAGAAGAGAAUUGAUUGCUUCAAUAAACACUAAGAAGAAAAGGACUUAGUUCACUGUAGAAACAGAGAUGAGAUGGAAGAGGAAGAGAAAAUGCUCUUUUGGACUGUGAUCGAAGACAUCAGAUGCCAUGUGUCUUUUUGGGGAAGAGAGAAUCAUUUUGUCUUUGGAAAGCAAUUACCCCUUUUCUUUGAAUGGCCUUGAGGAAUUGCUCUCUCUUUUCCUGAAACACCCCUAGAAUCAAUUAGACAACUUUGAUAAAUAGCUUGAGUUUUUUCCUUAUUAAUAGGAUAAAUCAUUUCAAUAGACUCUGGCUUUGAGAGAUCAUAAUUAAUAACUGAAAAGUACUUAUCCUCCUUCCCACCCCAUCUAGUACUUACCUCUCAUUAAAAAUAAUUUUGCUGUAAUUUCAAACUUACUGAAUAGUUGAAACAGUAGUACAAGGAACUAUCAUGUAACCUUUACCCAUGGUUACCAUUUGUUUAAAUUUUACUGUAUAUGCAUUUUUAUAGUUUCUUCCUCUCUGUCUCUUUCCUUGCUGAUUCAUUUGAUAAUAAAUUUAGGACGUUAUGCCCUUUUGUCUAA